AUGCCUGCAAUCCUCUCCCUCCGGCGGCCGGUUUCUGUGUCUCUUAUCAGAGGGAUCACUCUCCGGGGAUUCCCUUUCUCUUCAUUACCUCAUGUUUCUGUGGAAGAUAAUUCAACUUGCAUAGAAGAAAGACCUCAACUUGAGCGUCCUACUUUCAUUCAUCCCUCUGCAAUUGUUCAUCCUAAUGCCACCUUGGGCCAGGGUGUUUCCAUUGGUCCCUUUUGUACAAUUGGACCUUCAGUGAAGCUGGGAAACGCUUGUCAGUUGUACCCUGGAAGCCAUAUCUUCGGAAAUACAACACUAGGGGAUAACUGUACCUUGAUGGUUGGUGCUGUGGUUGGUGAUGAUCUUCCUGGUCAUACAAUCAUUGGAUGCAAUAAUACUAUUGGUCAUCAUGCUGUGGUUGGAAAUAAAUGCCAAGAUUUGAAAUACAAGCCAGGGAGUGAGUGUUUCCUUGAGAUAGGUGCCAACAACGACAUUAGGGAGCACACUUCUAUCCAUCGAUCUUCCAAGCCAAGUGAAAUAACUGUUAUUGGUGAUAACAAUCUUAUAAUGGGGUCUUGUCAUAUAGCCCACGACUGCAAAGUGGGCGACAGCAAUAUUUUUGCAAAUAAUACUCUUCUAGCAGGUCAUGUUGUGGUGGAAGAUUAUGCACACACUGCAGGAGCCAUCGUCGUUCAUCAAUUUUGUCGUAUUGGUUCAUUUUCCUUUGUUGGUGGAGGUUCAGUUGUAUCACAAGAUGUCCCAAAUUACAUGAUGGUGUCUGGAGAAAGAGCUGAGCUACGCGGGUUAAAUGUUGAAGGUCUACGACGUCGUGGUUUCUCGGCUGCAGAGAUAAGAAGCCUGAGAACUGCUUACAGGAAGAUAUUUAUGCCCACUGAUGCAAAUUCUGGCAACAUUGAAGAGCGUCUGGUUCAAGUGGAGCUGGAUGAAGCACUUAUCCUCAUUCCUGCUGUCCGUUCCAUGUUACAGUCUAUUCGGGACUCCUUUACCGAGGACCGACGUGGAAUAUGCAAAUUUAGAUCUUGGAGUGGAUCUUAG